AUGUCUACCUCGAGUACUACUCAUGAUGAAGGGCAUACCCUUGUCGGCGAAGACUUCGACCCAGCCCAGCGCUUGCGCACAAUAGUCGCCAUUCACGACGCCGCUCUCAACUUCCAACAGCGGAACUCUACUAUAAAAGCAUCGCGCUCCCCUCUAGUCAUCAAAUCAGACGACCUACCCUUCAGUCUUGUGCAAACUACGCUCGAAGGCGCCGAGGCUAUCGUGGAGCCUUAUGUCUUCACUGAUGAUGACACGGGCUCUCUUCUCGCAUUCUACCAUCUUGGCCGAAGACUUGCGGGCCAUUCAGGCAUCGUGCACGGAGGCAUGGCCGCCGUGCUUCUCGACGAAUGCAUGGGAAGGGCCUGCUUUCCACGUUUGCCUGGCAAAAUUGCUGUGACAGCGAGGCUCGAGCUGGAUUACAAGAGCCCGAUUCCUGUCAACAGCAUCAUUCUCAUCCAGGCUGAUACGAAGGAGGUUCAAGGCCGGAAGGCUUGGGUGGAAGCGACAAUGUCUGACGCAGAAGAUGGUCGUGAUUUAGUCAAAGCAAAGGCAUUGUUUAUCCAGCCGAAAUGGGCUGCUGAAAUGACCGAAGUGCUCUAA